GGGGGGAGGGUGGGGGGGGAGUGGGGAGAGAGUAAACCUGAAGGUUCGUCUGCUUUGGUGGAGAGGAGAGGCCGAGGAAUUGAGGCGUUUCCAAAAUAAUUCAACUUCAAACGGUAACUUAGAAAUGUAUUUCUGGAGCUUUGCUAAUGAGAAGUGAGUUUGCUGAGCGUCUGCAAAAGCGCAGUCCGGUGUAAAUCCGCAUUCGGUAUUAAACACAGACAACAGCGCAACACUGAAUAGAGACCGCAGAGGGACAGACAAGAGGCUGCUAUCACACUAAUUCUCUCUCAGUCCCUCACAAUGGGGUAGUGCUGUGUGGCGGGAGUGCUGAGCUGGCGUAUUUCGGAGGUUAGAUUUACUGUGUGCUAUUGUGUGGGAUAUGGGCAAGGUUCCAGCCCAAGCCCUGGGGAGGAGAGCAGAGAGCGAGCGGGAGAGGGAGAGGGAGAGAGAGAUCUGCUUACAGUCUGGUUGUGUUCCACUCCUCUGUCACUGUUACAGUUGAUAACAAUCGUGCAGAGACGUGCGUGAAAAAGGCAAACCUAAGACGCUUAAGAGCUGUCUUCACACUGUCUGGAUACAUGACCAGAGCACAGACCAUGGCGAAUACAGCACAGGACGAUUACAAGAUCCAGUCAUUUGAUGUGGAGACGCAGCAGCUGCUGAAAACAGCCUUAAAAGAACCAACCUUGGUGGACCUGGAGAAAGUGGCGAGCGUGAUAGUGGAGCAAUCGAUGAAGGAUUUGGUGUUCAGUAAGGAAGCAGGUCGCAUCUGCUACACCAUUGUCCAGGCUGAAUGCAAACAAAGUGGGAAUAGUGUUUUCCGGGGAAAACUGCUGAAUCGCCUGCAGCAGGUGUUCCUGGCCAAGGACGAUAUCCGCAGUGACUCAAUCAACGAGUGGGUCUGCCUCGUCACCUUCAUCUGCAACAUCUUUGAUUACCUGAAGGUAAACAACAUGCCCAUGAUGGUGCUGGUUAACCCCGUGUACGAUUGCUUGAUGCGGCUGGCUCAGCCUGAUUCUCUGCAGAAUGAAGAGGAGGUGGACUGCUUGGUGCUGCAGUUGCAUCGCAUUGGGGAACAGCUGGAGAAGAUGAACGUGCCGAGGAUGGACGAGCUCUUCUGCUUGCUGCGAGAUGGCUUCCUGUUGCAGGAGCGUCCCUCCUCCCUCUCCCGCCUGCUGCUCCUGGAGAUCAUCGAGUUCCGUGCUGGCGGCUGGAAGAUGUCGGACAUGGGCCAGAAAUACUACUACAGCGAGGUGGUGGACUGAGCCGGGCCACAUUUGCUUUGGCAAGAACAGAAGAAAUCCCGUGUCCAGCCAGCCAACUCCCUGCCACCAUUCUGCACAUCAAACUUUCUGCAAAUUUGGGAAACUGAAGUUGGGAGGAUUUUCACCAGCAAAAAGGAACUCAACAGUCCUGAUUGGCAAGUGUUUGUGCAGUGCCAUGUUACUUACUUUAAGGCUGUUUUGUGGAUUGAAGAUUAUUUUUUAAAGAAACAAAAUAACCCAAAGGUUUCUCUUUUUUUUAAAUGAUGAGAGCUAAUGCAAACCACUUGUCCCCAUUGCUGCCUUGCGGUGUAAGCUGUACGAUAGGGUGCCCGCCCGCCCGCCUACUGGAGGGAGAGAGAAGAUAACGAACCCACCACAGGGCAUGUCAGGUGUCGGUCUCUUUAUUCAGUGAAUCUGGCUUUCGCAUCAAUUUGCGUUGUGAUUGUAACACCAAUUUCCCAAAGCAAUGGGAAAACUUCCCAAUGUUCUUACAUUCUACCACAAGUUGACUUCGCUAGUGUGGACUAUCUCACUCGAGCACAGCAGCAGACUGACCGAGUGAUUUUCUGCCCCUCCUUCCCCCUCACCACCCACCCCCUCCACCCCAGCUAGAAAUUAUUAAUGGAGCCAGUUUACAUAAAAUUUGAACCAAUGCAGUACUUAGUCCCUGCCAUGAGGGGUCGCUAGCAUCCAAGGAAAUUGCUGAUUAUACAGCAAUGCUUCAGCCAACUGGAGCAGAAUAUCAGCGACAUUCUUCUGCGAUCCGAUGGCCUAACCAAAGUCUGAGUAGACAGUAAACGCAGCACCCGACUCCAGUGGAUGCUGUUUUUUUAGAAAUGUUUUUUCAAUAAAUGAGGCAAUUUCCUUCUGA